CGCAGCUAGCCGGAAAUUCGAGGCAUUUUUUGUUUGGCAAACAUGAAGAAGCACUGGAAACACAACUCGUCUCUGGCGUUGGCCAUUGUCCUGCUGGUGCUGCUGCCCCAGCAAGGAGCGGCCGUCACCAUGGAACAGAUGAUGCAGUCCAUGGACAUGCUGCGCGGUGCCUGCCAGCCCAAGUUUAAGGUGACCACCGAAGAGUUGGAUCGCAUGCGUUCAGCGGACUUUACCAUGGAGCACACGAAGGAUUUGAUGUGCUACACCAGAUGCAUUGCCCAGAUGGCGGGCACGGUGACGAAGAAGGGUGAGUUCAGCGCCACCAAGGCGUAUGCUCAGCUGCCAAUCAUCUUGCCCCCGGAAAUGCUGGAGGCUGGCAUGGCGUCCGUAGAUGCAUGCAGGGAUGUGCAGAAACCGUACAAGGAUUCGUGUGAAAAGAUCUUCUAUACAACCAAGUGCAUGGCCGAGGUGGAUCCCAGCAAGUUUACAUUCCCAUAGAAAGCAAUAAGGAUACUCACUCGGACGUUUCUCCUUGCCCUGCAAAAGUGGGAUAGCAAGGAUAUGCAUUAGUUUUACACAUACACACGCAAAGCAAGCACCAAUAAAGGAUACAAGUGAUUGGAUUGGCUUA